AAUAAUGGUGUCUGUGAUUGUUCCAGGGAGUGAUUUAGUUUUUAAGUGGGGAUAACAUCCAUUUUGUCCAACCGUGAAUUUGAAUUGACCGUGUAAUAUACGAAUUUUGCACUUAGGUUAAAAUAACAUAAGCCACCCAACUAGAACAAAAAACCAUCGCUUUAUCUUGUCGGUUUACAUCUCAAUUACUUAGAAUGGAAAACUGAGAAGCUACGAAUGUAAGAGAGAUUAAUCCGCAAUGCGAGUGAUUAACACAAAGCAGGCAUGUCUUUGCUGAAAUAGGUUCCAGAAGGCGCUCUUGACUUUUAUAGUCUGGUGUCGCUUUUGUCGCUGCUUGGAGAAGAUCGCGGUUCAUUUCGCCACGUACACAGUAGGAACAGUAUUUAAGCUCAGGUGGUCAACAUGGACAUACGAUACCGUCGGGGACAAUCGUCGGAAGAAAAACCCAGCGAGGCUCAAGCAAGAUCUAUCCCUGCUGACAAAUCAAAGAACUUCUUAGACUUCGCAAUGAAGGUGCGUCGACGAGUCCGUCAAGUUCCACUAAUCCUUUGCCUUAUGCUCCUCACAUCGUUCUUUCAAGUUGGACAGAGUAUAUGGCCGCUUAGUAUUCCACACCAGGCAUUUAUUGUAGGCAUCGUCCCUCAGCCUUGCCACAAUAUGGGAUUGUCCGACGAUCAGAAACAAAUAUGUAUGAGUGAGGCGAAUCGGGAGCUUUUACCUACAAUAAGAUAUGGUGCAAGUUUGGCGUACAAACAGUGUCAGUACCAGUUUAAGUAUCGCCGUUGGAACUGCUCUGUGCCUGAAAAAGAUAGCAAUUCCCUGUUUCGCCGAAUAACGGGGAAAGGUACGAAAGAGGCAGCCUUUACAUAUGCUAUAUCAGCCGCUGGUGUGGUGCACUCGAUAGCCCGAUCAUGCGUGGAGGGCAAUCUCAGUAUGUGUGGCUGUAGUCGGGAAAGAAGGCCUAAGGACUUAAACAGCAACUAUCAGUGGGGAGGAUGUGGAGACAACAUAGAGUAUGGCGCCAAGUUCGCAAAGAAAUUCAUGAAAGCUGGCGAGAACUCUAAACCGAAGGACACGCGUGAACUAGAAAGGAAGUUGAUGAAUCUUCAUAACAAUGAGGUUGGAAUACAGGUCAUUAGAGAUAAUUAUGAAAUCCGGUGCAGGUGUCACGGAAUUUCUCAGUCUUGUGAAAUCAAGACCUGCUGGAAGGAACUUGUCCAGUUCUCCACCAUUGGGGAAAAACUCCGCACCAUGUAUGAUAAAGCCGUCAAGGUCAGACUCGACAGAAGGACUGGGCGCCUCCUUAAAGGGAAUAAAAAAUCUGAGAACCAGAAGGUGACUGGAAGACGUAGAAGCACCUCCAACAAACCAACGAUAGGCAAUUUGAUUUACUUGGAAUCUUCACCCAACUAUUGCAUUAGAAGCAAGAGGCGUGGAAUUCUAGGUACCGCUGGUCGAGAAUGCAAAGUGGAAGCUGCGGAGGAUGGCAACUGUUAUGACCUCUGCUGUAGGCGAGGAUUCCUUCCGCAACAAGUUUUAGUUGUAGAAAGAUGCGAGUGCAAGUUUCACUGGUGCUGCGAAAUUAGAUGCAAGGAAUGCCGCCGUUAUCAGACAAAAUAUUUUUGUCUCUAAGAAGGCCACAUUUACCACAAGUCCACCAUGUCGGAUGACGACUUGCGUGUAGUCGCCAAAGAAGAGACUCAAAGUUUUACUUGUGACAAAGAUCAGCCAGAGAACAAAGAAGAAUGCGGCAACGUAGCAUUUAACUUUAUUUAAUUUAUUUCAUAAACCCUUAGUUUUAAACAACAUUUCUAGGAGUGAGAUUUAGAGCACUUCACUUUCAUUGGUGAGGUAAGAUUUAAUAUCUAAGAUAUGAUUUUUUUUCUUGCGCCAAAACUUCACCAAUUUCCUCCAGAAGCUAUAAUUACAAAGCCAUGAUUGUUGAAUCCGCUGGUGGAAACCCUUUUCCUCAGAAGAUCUACCUUCUCGAACAUUCCACUCAAGGCAAACGCUGCAGCAUCUCAGAGAACGUCUUCUGGCUAUCAUUACCAUCAUAUUAAUUUCCUAUCAAUAUUGUUAUGAUUUUCAACAUCCUCAUCAAUAUUACUUUUAUAUUUAUUAUCAUCAUCAUCAUUAUUAUUAUUUUCUCUGCUUGCUCUUGUUAUUUAAUCCCUCUAGUAAGUUUUUUAUAUUUGAGAAUAAUGACGAUAUGAAAAGACUAGCUAAAGAAAAAAAAUGGAGUAUUACAUUCGAGAUUUCAGAUUAUAUACAUUUCAAUGUAAAUACAAAGAAAUGUGUUAUUUUGACCCAAAGAUAUAGUUUAUCUUGAAGCGAGAGACCUCAGAUUUUAAUCGUUACCGAGAUAAUAACAGACAACGUAAUUUAACUCUGUUCCUGAAUGCGAAUAUUUUUUUAGAAACACGGGUAACCUUUAUUUCACCUGCGGAUUUAACCGAUGAAAGAUAUUUUCAAACUGGUUUUACAAUUUUAGCUUUGUUGAUUAGGAAAACAGAUUUAAACUGAAUUUUAAAUUGAAGCCUUCCAAACAUUGAUUUAAAAAUAUUUUAACUCGGCCAUAGACUGAAAAUGAAUUUAUGCACAAAGUGACAAGCUUAUCUUAUCUUGUAAAUCGCUUUCAAUUGAUAAUGAAUACUCAAUCCGAGAUCAAUUUACAAAGAACUCUUUUGUUUCACGAUGUGAAAAGAGCAUUGAGGAGUUGGUCUGUACGAGACCCAUCUUGAUUCACCAAAACGUUCUCUGUCAUAGUAGCUCUGAUUCAAUCUAACAUUAGUUCAAAAGGACUUUCCUCUUUCUCUUAGGUUUGUAAUGCGUGAUGAUGAUUUGAGACAAAAAAGGAAAAUUCAAAUAAAUGGAAAAGGAAACCUCAAUAUCAAAUUCCAACAUCUAUUUCGGGCCAACUCUAAAAAUUACACAUGGUUAGUUUUCAAUGAGUUAAGGCAGAUUAGUGUACAGGAAUUGCGCGUUAAUCAUUCCGAGAUCUGAUUUUUUAUCACCUCUGUAAAAAGAUAUAUGAUAGAACUUGUUUGCGGUUUUGUGACUGUUUUUGUUUAAAGACCUGAAAAAUAUAUGUUAUUUAAGUAUACUUAAAAGAAACAGUCUUUCUUGCUUUGGCAGAUUCCUUAAACCUUAAUUUUUCCAUUCGUUUCCUUUUAAUUUUAUCUCCUUUCUUCCCUAAUCUUUCUUAACUCUUGUUUGCCCUUUAAUUGUUUCCCUUGAUUUUCAUCUCCAAUCCCCACUAGUUUCCUUUCACCCUUUUCUCCCUUUUUUUUUCAUUCCCUUCCUUCACUUUCGUCAACAUUAGUUAACCUAUCUUUCUCAUCUAUCCUUUUUUUCCAAUUAGCUGCCUAUCAAAUUCCAUGUUUUGAUUACAAUCCUCCCAUUUCCUUUCAAUCUCUAACAUCCCUUUCCUCUCUUUCUCAGCAAUCUUUAUAUUCUUUUCCUUCCCUCCUUUCAUUUCCAUCUCUUUUCUUUCCUUCUCCCUCAAUUUCUUCUUCCCUCCCACCUUUUUCUCUGCCUUUUCACCCCAUAUCUCUGAUGACUUUAAAAUCUUUAAGGAUGAACGUCUUAAGCCCGGUAUAGAUGGGCGAGUUUCUUUCUCAUGAGAGAGAAAACUUGGACUACAUCGUUUCUUUUGUUUCCUAAAUCGCACGGUUCUUUGCUCUGCAGGCCGCAUGAAGAUAAAACCGCAUUUUAACUUGUCAACAAGUAUGGCAAUAUGCUAUAGUGUCAUGUUCUACCACACUUCCAAUAUGUAUACUACGGAUAAGAAAUUCUUAAUAAAUAAAGUGCUCGAAUCUAAUGAAAA